AACUCGACACACCCAUUUAGAAAGAAUUGACUCUUUUCGCAUGUGGAUUCGACUCCAACAGCUCGGACGGAUCCAGAACACAGUGUCCAGUGUUCAAUUGCAGAGAAAACAGAAAUGACUUACUAUCUGUGGAUUGUACUUUUUGGAGCUCUCCUGAUAACUAAAGCACAGGAAUUGGAUCUUUUGGAUGCCUUAAGUGACGAAAACGAUCCUCCACCUAAAACAGAAAAACCACCCAAGCCAGCAGGAGGUGGUGAAUUAGACCUUGCAGAUGCUGUCCCUUCAGAUCCUAAGCAACCUGUAGUCCCGCCAAAGAGUGAAGAUCCUAAGCAACCUGUAGUCCCACCAAAGAGUGAAGAUCCUAAGCAACCUGUAGUCCCACCACAAAGUGGAGGUGGCUUCUCUGAUGAUGAUCUUUUGGAUGGUAAAAACCCUGAUGCCAGUCAAGUGGAUUAUUCUGACGAUGCUCAUAACGAUCAACCUAAAGCGGCUGAAGGUGGCCAGAUGGCGGGCAUCAUCAGCGCUGUGGCAGUCGCCAUUUUUGGAGCUGCCUCCAGCUAUUUUGCUUACCAGAAGAAGAAGCUCUGCUUUAAGGUGCAAGGAGGGACUGACCCAGAGAGUGGUAGAAACCAAUCUGGCACGCAGUCUGAUCCACAAGCCUUUAGCAACCUCCUCCGAUCGUCCUAACUCCUGAUGGAGCGGCACAUACCUACAGAACAACUGUGGCCCAAAGAGGAUGUGUAUAAUCAUGUUAAUCUUCUUUAAUGUGUUAUAGUUUGUGAUUUGGCUGUUUUUAUUUUGUGUUUGUUUCUUGCUUGUUAGUUAUGUAAAUUAGUCCAGUCUUUUUUUCUCUGAUGAAGAUUGUGAUUAUUGCAGAAUUUUGUUUGACGUGUCUUCACAUGCUAACGAGCAAUGAUUAUUUUCUUUCAGACAAAUUAGUCGCUUUUAAUCUUUCACUUUUUUUACUGUAUAGGAAACACAAAUUUGCUCAGUAAGCAAACAAACAUGCUGAAGAAAUGAUUUCUGGCUUUUAUUAUGGUUCUGUAGAAAGGGCUUCAGUGAUCUGGUACAACUUUACUGCUUAUUUCAUUACACCGAUGUUUUUGUAUCCAAACCAACUAUCUAACUAGCUGUUUGUUUGGUAAUCUGAUUCACUUUAAGCAGCAUUCCUUUUACAAUUAGACACUCUGAUUUUAAAAACACUCAGACCGCUUUGACUUAGAGGUAUUACUCUAUUUAAAUUACUCUAGAAAAAAUUCUAGAAUGGAAAGAAUGAGUGAUUUUGUUAAGUGUUGUGUUUUGUGUGUGUGUGUGUGUGUGCACAUAUUAUGACGCUUGUUAUCUCAGUGUAUGAUGACUAAAUGCUGCCUUUACUUUAUGGACCUUCCUAUUUAAUUGAUGAUAUGGAUGGAUUUUAUGUUUCAUGCUGUAAAGUAAGACAUAUUGCUGUAGAUGUCAGUAUUUUUGUUUCAUUUCUUUCAUUUACUUAGCUUGAACCAUGCAUCAUAAGACUGACACAAUCCAGAGCUAAACGUAAGCAACGCCAUGAAUGUUUGGUCCGAACCUUUUAUGACUGAUGUACCACAUUUUCUAUCGAAGUGCUUUAUGUCCAGCAAUAAAACCAUCACCUUAUCAUUAUGAACUUUUGCCGUGGAGCAGAUUUAUUUUCCAAAGAAACAGAAUGAACCAAAAGCAGAAAGCAAUGUGUUGGACUCCUACUGUAUGUGUUAAUAAAGCUCUGACACUGGAGACCUUCCAUUUAUGUUGAUUAAAUGGGCGAUUUACAUAUCAAAAAAACAUGCAUUCAAAUAAAUAUAAAUAAAAAUAUGUUAAAGGCAGAACUACUGCCAGAGAUGUACUGUUAUAUAUCAUGAAUAAACACCUGUUCAUUUUAGGGCAUGUUUAAUUUAUAUUUAAAGCGUCAGUAUCACAACGUGCUUAACACAACAUUUGCAAUAAAGCACAUCCUGAUUACAUAGUGAUUAGUGAUGUCAUGUCAAUCGUAGGACUGUUUCACAGGUUCUGUGAUUGCUGUAACUUUUUUCACAGAACUUAUGAUAACUAGCGUGUACGUGUGACGUUAAACGUUAUAACAUCGAUCGUUAACGGUUAUAUGUUACGUUACGUUUGAUCACAGUUACAUGACUGGACAUGACAUGUUCUGAUGACAUGUUCAUGUUUAGGUCAGCCUUAUGACACUGGGUUCAAGAAAGCUGUUUGUCUUUCUCUCUUUCUUUUCUCUUUCUUUCUUUCUUUCUUUCUUUCUUUCUUUCUUUCUUUCUUUCUUUCUUUCUUUUAAUACAAAAGUACUUUUAAGAUGCUUUAAGUUUUUGUCCCAUGCUGUUCACUUUGAAAACUAGCACUAACAAUAGUGUUUAAUGAGCGAGCUGCAUACAAUUUGUAUUUUUACACUUUUUUUCUUGUGUAAAUAUUCUAAUAGUCAUGUAGCUUUUGUCACCAAUUAUGCUUUAAUUGUACAAAUUGUUAUCAAGAAGACUAAACAUCUGAACAGUUGUGUUAUUUAUGUGCCUGGUUGAGUGAAUAAAGAAUAAACAUGAGAAAGUCCAUUGACUUUAUUGAGAUGUCGAA